GCCCACGAGCAACGCGGUAACUGGGCCGUAGGGUUGUCUAAUGUUGGAAAAAACGCGCAUGAAGAAGCUGAUGAACGUUGAUGGCAUGAAAUGGUUUGGGGCGUAUGAUCAGUCACCGGAGGUAUCGCUCACCAUCACGUGGCCUUCCUUCUCAGGUUCUUCACGUUACACGUCAAUAACUUCAGCAGUAAGAUGGACGUACCGCGCGCAAACGAAGCUAAAGGCAGUGAAAAUUUCCUGCCAUUUCCAAGCACGAAUACCGAAAUCUUAGCACGAGGAGUUACAGUCUUACCAUUCUUGCCUUUGGCCGCCAGAUCCUUGAUGAAAAUGGAGGAAAGCUUCGAAACUGCUAUAUCCUCCCUGAAUCCGAGGCAUGCGCUGCUCCGGCGGCGUUCACGCGUCUACAUGUUUAUUCCCCCCGUACCGGACAUCCCACGUAUCCUGUUCAAUCUAGAGUGGACGAUGUUCACGGAGUGCAUGUGUCUUGACUACGAUGGGCGCACUGGUCAACGCUAUUUCCAAUACAACCUCAGAAUGGUGAAAAUGUAUCAUCUCUAGGAGGAGAAAUGUUAGGCUGCAACGCAAUCGUACUGUAUGUUCAGCAAAC